UAACCAGUUGUAUAUGUAUUUCAAUCAAAUUAAAAACAUGAUAUAGAAAAUCGCAAUUUAUUUUCUAGUAGUAGUGUAUUUUUAAAUAUAUAUUGAUACCAAAUAUAUAUUUUAAAAUAUAUCUAUAAAACUACACCCAAAAUAAGUGAUAAAAAAAAACAUAAAAGUGUAUACACAUAAGAGUCUGUAGUAGCUAACUGAUAUAGCUGGUUCUGUGUAAGCACCUAAGUAAAACAAUCAAAAAGAGUAAAAAAUUUUCAAGAAUGAAAAUGGAUGGAGCCGAACCAUACAUGAUCCGUAAGCUGGCUGAAAACAAAGGUUUGAAAUUGGAUUCAAAGGAAUUUAAUAGUGCUCUAAAGUACAACUAUUUAUCAGAGAAGCUAAUUAAAAAACGUUACAAUAAAGAAGAAAGUUUCGAUAUAAUAUGGAAACUUUUGAUAUAUCAAUUGCUGAGCGGCAAUUGCAAAAGUACUCCGAUAAAGGAUACGGUUUUAAUUGAGAUACUAUUAAACAAAUUUAAACAUUUAAAUAAAACUGACCAUUGCCAUCAAUAUGCCUUACUCUUACAGAUAUUGUCACGAAUGAUUGCUUGCAUGUCUGAUGAUUAUAAAAAAAAGCUGAUGGGCGAAGAGCUGCAGUUUUAUAUGCUGACAUACGCGGCCUUCGUCUUGAACGGUUCAAACCAUAAAGAUUUAUAUGAAAAAGUAGCAAAUGCCGAUAAACUAAGCGGAUAUUUAAUUCACUUCCAAAAAGGUAUAAAUGACAUCAACUGUGAAAACUUCGACCAAGAAAAAUAUUUUAAAAAUAUGAAACUUUUAUCUGAAGACUACCGAAUGUUAAAAUAUAUUUAUGAUUUGGACAAAAUGCGCUCAUGUAUGGAAACAGCUCUGACAAAAACCUCCUACAAGCUGGCUGAUAAAGAAAUCAAUAAUUUAUGCAUAACUCGUACUACACAAAUUAUUAAGCGACUCUUAUACAACAAGGAUUUGAGCAACAAACUACGUUCAAGUUUGUUCCAAAAUGAUCAAAACAAUUUGGUAGAUUUACACAAUAUCAAAAACGUUAGAGAAUGUUUGAAUAAAAUAUCAAAUUUGUUUAAUGAUCUAAAAGAACAUUUCUCUAAAAAUUUACCUAUUGGCCUGUACUUUGAUGGAGAUAAAUUCACCUCAGAAGAACAAUUAAUAAUCAAGGAAGCCGAAGUAAGCACAAUAUUCAAUAGUAAUAACAUAACAAAUAUUAUAAGUAAUAUAAAAUCAGCAAUAAAAAAGAAGUUUAAAGUCAAGAACGUUUUCAACACAAAACAACAAUUUGACGAAGAAUCUAAAGAUAUUGGCGAAUUCAUACGCAAACUGAUAUGUUGUAUUAGAGACCAAAUUAGCACGAAUAAUAGAUCGUUGCAUAGCAACGUUCCAAAUAUUGUUACAAGUGCAGUCAAAAAGGAAGUUCAUAUAGUGUUUAAUAAAUAUCAGGCAACGCUGGUCAACAUUAUGUCACCUAAAUCCGAUCCAUUUAAACUCGCAUCAGAUCCUAAAAUGUUAUCUGCCCUAGAAGCAGUGCUGGUAAAUUUAUUGACCUGUCUGAAAUAUUUACAUAACUUUAAAGAAGAUCCUUUGUUCCUUAUAGGAAAAACUCCACUGUAUACAGACGAUAAUCUUUUACGUUAUUUAACUAAUCCUGAUGAUAUUCUAGCUGAUGUACUGCCGUGUCAUCCAAAAAUUUCAGUUGUUUUUUACGCAACCAAGCUUAGAGACAAAGAUGCCAAUUUUUGUAUUAUGGAAAAAACGUACGUGGAAAGAAAAUAUCCUAUUCCGGCUGCUAGAAAGAACUUUGAACGAUUGUUGGGAGAAACUUUGGAUACUAAUGAAUUAAUUGAAAAAGAAAAUGAAAGGGUGGAAUCGGAAGUUGAAGCUGAAAUGUCUACCCAAAUGUAUCCAGAUAAUAAAUUAAAUACAAUCAGCCUCUUCUUCAGUCAUGAAGAAAAAGUCGAGGCUGAAACACAAAUAUGUCUGUAUAAUAAACAAAAUGCCAUUAAAUUUCUAGAAAUGUUGAAAAUGAACUAUUGUGUGCCGGAAAAUAUGAACUUUUUGUUAGAUUCAUCGAAUGGAUAAAAGAGGGAAUUGAUAACAAUGGCAAUGGUCAUGUAGAUAAAAUAUGCAGGAAUGGAAUGUGCCAAACUGUCAAAUAAUGUAUGUGUAGAUAAUAGUAUAUAUUUAUUUGUAAAAUUUGUCUUUGACCUCUCUGUAUAUAUAACUUUAGGUUGGCUGUUCUGUACAUUAAUAUAGUACAUACAUUUGGGAAAUAUAAUUUAUGUUAACCAAGAAAAUUUACAUUAAUUUUAUAUAUAACUCAUGAUAAAUUUAAACAAUUACAUACUAUAUUAUAUAAUUAUUAAAUAUAUUUUUAAUAAAUACUA